AUGAACGCCCUCCACACACCUGCUGCCAAAGAUUGGAUCCGUUACAAUGCCGCAGUCCCCCACCUCCCAUUGUGUCUCCUCCUCGAAAUGAACCAGAUCUUGCAGAUUGUUGUGGGAGCCGCAAAAAACAAAACGACUCAAAGUAAACUUUGUAAUGGCCAACCGAUCAUGGCAGACACGUUCCUGAACGCUUUCAGUGGAGUCACACAAGCCAUCAGCCACAUCAAUCUCUCCAUCAGUAUGGGCAACCUUGGCCCGUACGGCACAUGCCCCAACCUGCAUGCUAUUCUCACUGGAAAACCAACCCCAGCUCCCAAACGUGAGAGCCCCAAUUCCCGUGAACGGCCUGACCCAACCAAACGCGCAAAGCACCCACCUCAAGGAACUCAUCCCGGAUACCUGACGUACGACGGCCCAGGCCGACUUCCAAUUGCCCCUUUCAAAUGUAAACACCCCAUUACCGGCAAACAGGCAGCCUUCUGUUCCCAUUUCCUAUUUGCCAACUACCAUUGCAACCGCCCCCGCUGCCACAAUAUCCACUACACCAAACAGUUUGCAGCAACUAUGGGAUCUGCCGACACCCAGGCAUUUGAAAAAUUCAUUGAAAAAACCCCUGGGGUGACCCGUUUGGCCCCAAAGCCUCAUGUCCCUGAGUGCUCUACAUGCAUCAUCCCUCACCCAAGCAGCCUCGUUUACCAACCGACCCAGCCACCAAUGUCGCACCAACCCAACCUGCCCCGCAUUUCAACCACCACCCCUCCACCAAGCCAACCUUUGGCACCGCCCUCAGCACACCACCGGUCCGCCCUGCCUCCCGAUUCCCAGUACUACCAAUUCACUGACGCAGAGCAAGAAAAAUUUGGAGAGAUCCUUGAAGUCUCCGUCCAAGGUCGUUCGUCUACCCCAUCCAUGACCAAACGCGACCGCGAGACCUGGGCAGCCACCAAACUCCCAUCCCCGGUUUUUCUUGCCGUCAAUUCUCCGCAUGAACACCGCUUUGUGGACUUCCGACCCCUCCAACAACCCAUACCACCACAACUGACCCCCAGCGUUGCCAUGCAUCGAUGGAGCCGCAUGUUCACCGCAUGCUUACUCCACUACGACCUCAGCAUCCCAACCGCAGUCCGCUUUGUUGGCAACAUCCACACUGGUGCCCAUCGCGACUGGCCCACCCUCGAACCCAUUCUCCGUGAAGCCAAUGUUGACCCCUUCCUCAUCACCCAGCUCAAACGCAUCUUCCUCGAUGGCGCCCCCAAUUACGUCAAUGCGGAAUCAACCGAUGAGAACCUGCGCACCUUCAUUGCCUACGGUAAUCACAAGACGGUUUACGACGACAUGAGCAAAACACAAAGCGCAGUCGAAAAAGACAUCCUCCGCAACUACCUUCUGGCAGCCAACCCAGCCCUACUUCCAUACAUCCGAGACGCCCACACUACUCCCCUCGGGUUGGUUGAUGCAUGUCACGAAUAUCGCAAACCCCGUAUCAUCUUUGAUGCCACCCACCAUCCUUCCCUGACAGCCAUGGCAGUUAACGAUUUCACUUCUAAAGAAACUGAACCGGAAAUCUGCUUCCCGAGGUCAUUUCCCAACUUCUUGAUCUGGAUCUACAACCUUCGCAUCACCUACCCACAAGAAGAAAUCUACAUUUGCGACGAUGAUGUCUCUGGCGCCUUCCGCCAUGUCAAAUGGAACCCAAAUGUUGUUGGCAUGCACAUGUUCAUGCUAUUUGGUUUCCUUUUCUUCUGUACGGGUCUCUCAUUUGGCGACAACACCAGCCCAGCCCAAUGGGAAGUCGUCGCCAUGGUCCGCCAGCAGCUUGCCCAAUCCCUUUGGUAUGCUGCAGUAACCACCAUCCCACGAGUCGCAAAAUACCUCCCCAAGCUAUCCCUUGCUCCCCUUCCAACGCCAUCAGACAUUGCCGCUUUCACUCCUGCCGAGCCCGACUCUAAGAAUCAAGGGGUUUUAAAGGCAGACGGAUCCCGCAAGUCCCCGACCUUUGAUCACCAUGUUGACGAUUGCCUCUACGCUGACGUGGCCCUAUUCUUACGCCAAACCAUUUCAGCCAGCAUCCUUGCCCUCUACAUCCUAUUAGGAUUCCCCAACCCAUCCAACGGGAUCCGCGAUUGCAUAUCUUGGGAAAAAUUUGCCAACACUUUUUCCCACGAACGCAAAACAGUCGGAUGGCUCAUCAACUCGAGAAGAAUGACAGUACGUUUACCUUCCAUCAAACGGGACCGCCUCCUCAAACUCCUUUCAGAAACACUGGCGAAUCCGUCACUGUCCCUUCGCGAUAUCGCGAUUCUUCUAGGGCACGUUUCAACUGCAACCACCGUCUGUCGAUGGAUGCGUUGUUCCUACUUCAACUUGCAACGUGUCCUGAGUCAAUUUCUCCGAUCCCGCCACCAAUCCAUCAAACACUACAUGAAACGCAACGACAAAGUCCAAAUCAUCUCCGACCAACUCCCUCCAUCCCUCCGCUACCGCCUUGCUUCCCUUAUCGGCAAGGAAGCAGCUACUUUCCUAUGGAACGCCAACAAACGAUUCCGCCUUGACGCACCUGUGCUUCGCGAACUCCGAGCCAUCAAGUACAGCCUCGAAACAGAGACAUGGGAAAUCUACAUUCCUCAAAUGAUCCCUAGAGAUCCCCAUUUCACGUUGUACGGAGACGCUAGCUUCCUUGGAGGAGGCGCCUAUUCUGACGAACUUCUCUUUUGGUUCCGCAUCGUUUGGAGCCCCGAUAUUGUUGCUGGUACAAAACUGAAAGCCAGCAACCCCAACUACGUCCACAUCAACAGCCUUGAGUUCUUGGUAGCCUUUCUCCAGGAAGUUGCCACGGUUGUCCGCCUUGAAGGAACUUCCCAUGCCCAUCCAGGCCUGGCCCACAAAUUCCCCAACGGAUUUUCGCAAUUCCCAGUUCUGCUCAACCGCACUGACAACACACCCACUGAGAAAUGGAUGAAUGACGCCCGCACAAACAGCCCUUUUGCUCGCCUUUUGGUCGACUUGCAUGGUCAGCUCCUCAAACGCUCCCCUCUGACUGCUCUUUCUGAUCAUAUCCCUGACAUUUCGCACUUUACCUUGGAUGAGAAACUACGAUUAUUUCCAGCCGAGUCCCGAACUUUGCUCCGUCCUGCGCUCCUGUCUAUUCUCCAAUCCAAAGCAGGCGCCACCGACGAUCCCCGCAAAUCUGGGACACUUCGUUCCCGCCGACUCCAUUUCCUCAAGUUUUGCUAUGAUAUGAACCUGCGCGACGACUAUUUAAUGAAUGGCCCUGACUUCCCUCACGAACGCCGCGUCGCAACCUUUGCACUCUACACAGUGGCACUUGCUACCGGUCGCACAAUUAAAGGCCAAUACAUCAAGUCUGCCACAAUCAAGCAGUACCUCCAUGCGGCAGCAUCUUUUAUCUGCCUUUUCACCGGUCGUGAUCCCCGAUACAACAACCCGAGCGACACCAAAAUGUCACCCGAUAUUCAUGCCACCAUUGCUGAAGUGGAGCGCCAUGAAAACGUUCCCAAUAAACUUGAGCCCUACACUGUUGGGAUAUGA